AUGCGGUUCACAUCUCUUGUUGCUUUGGCAGCUACAGCCUUUGCGGCCGAGCAAGGCUUUAACUACGGUGCCACUUUCAGUGAUGGCACAAUUAAGAAACAGGCAGACUUCGAGAGAGAGUUCAACAGCGCCAAGAACAUGGCAGGACACAGCUUCACAUCUGCUCGGUUGUACACCAUGAUUCAAGGAGAUACAGGUGGUGUGAUUGAGGCGAUUCCGGCCGCCAUCAGCACAAACACUUCACUGUUGCUCGGACUUUGGGCUAGCGCAGGCCAAGAAACAUUCAACAACGAGGUGACACAACUGGGACAAGCUGUGGCUCAAUAUGGCAGUGCCUUUACAGAUCUGGUAGUAGGCAUCUCAGUAGGAUCGGAAGACGUAUACAGAACAACAGAUAUUGGGAUCGCAAGCAAUGCCGGAACAGGUGCUUCGCUUGAUGCGCUCAUCGAGUAUGUCGCACAGGUCAGACUUGCCGUUCAUGACAACAGCCUGUUUGGCAAGCCGAUUGGACAUGUCGAUACAUACAAUGUCUGGACCAAUACUUCUUACACACAAGGGCUGAUCUACGCUGUUGACUUCCUUGGUGUUGAUGCAUAUCCAUACUAUGAGAAUACCAAGUCCAACAGCAUCGACAAUGCUCAGUCAAUCUUCUUUGCUGAUCUUGAUGCUGUCACAGCUGUUGCUGCAGGCAAGCCAGUAUGGAUCACAGAGACAGGAUGGCCAAUCUCGGGACCUACUGAGAAUCAAGCCGUGGCAAGUGUUCAAAACGCGGAAACAUACUACAAGGACGUUGCUUGCAGCCUCUUCAGCGAGAAUGUCAACACGUGGUGGUUCACUCUGCAAGAUCAGCAGCCUGUCGCACCUGCAGUCAUUUUCGGCCUUGCUGGAGCUGGAACUCCUCCUCCAACCACUCCUCUGUAUGACGUAUCAUGCUAG